AAAAAGAAAGAAACAAAGACAGACAGACAGAAAAAAAAGCGAUGAAAGUUUGGGCUGUGCUGCCGUGCCUGGCCGUGCUGGCGGUGUGCGUGUGCGCGCGGAACGGCCGGGUGAGCAGGGAGCUGGCCCACGCGCGCCAGGCCGCCGUGGCCGCCGCGCUCAACUCGCAGCCCGGAGCCUGCGGCACGCGCCUGCCGCGCGGGAAGCGGUCCGCGCCCGGACCCGAGAGGCGCGCGCCGGGGGGAGCGGGCAGGAGGAGAGGCGGUGAGCCCGGGCAGGAGGAGCGCGAGAGGAGCCGCGCGGUCAGGUUCGGGGGCCGGGGAGACCAGCUGCGCCUGCGGCCAGCGGUGGACGUCCCGAGGGGCAACUUCACCCUUAGCAUGUGGGUGAAGCCUGAGGGGGGGCAACGGCCACGCGCAGUGAUCGCAGGCCUCUUUGAUAAGUGCUUCUACGCCUCAAGUGAUCGCGGCUGGAUAUUGGGCAUAAAGUCAGUAAGCGACCAUGGCAACCGGGACCCACGCUUCUUCUUCUCCCUCAAGACUGACCGAGCACAUAAGGUGACCUCCAUCCACUCCAAUGCCCGUUACCUGCCUGGCCAUUGGGCCCACGUGGCAAUCACAUAUGAUGGCCUCUAUAUGAAACUGUUUGUGAAUGGUGCUCAGACUGCUGUUAGCAGGGAACAGUCUGGAGAUGUCUUCUGUGCUCUUACCAAGAAGUGUAAGGUGCUGAUGUUGGGUGGAAAUGCCUUGAACAACAACUACCGCGGUUCAGUUGAGCAGGUCACUCUGUGGCGUCAAGCCCUACCCCCGCGUCAGAUCAUAAGGCACAUGCACGGCUAUGAGGACUCGCAAUACCAAGCUGACUUGGUCAUCCGGGAGAGUUUCGAGCACCCUGGGCGCAAGUGGCUUCCGGUGAAGGAUGGCAGUUUUCCGCAGCCGGACGAUGGCCCUCGGGCUGGACUUGGCUCUCUGGACACAACCCUGGAGCCCCCAGCCUGUGGCCAGACCAUUUGUGAUAAUGUGGAAGUCGUCCACAACUACAACCAGUUCUGGAGCUUCCGACGGCCUAAGACGGUGCGCUACCGGGUGGUCAACAUUUUUGACGAUGAGCUUCGUCGACCCACCGUCACCGAUCAGCAGAUUCAUCUGCAGCACCAGCACCUGAACGAGGCCUUCGCCAUGUACAACAUCACAUGGGAGCUGACGGUUCACAAUGUCAGCAACUCUUCGCUACGUUGCCGGCUAGUGCUAGCCAACUGUGAUAUCAGUAAGGUGGGCGAUGAGGACUGUGACCCUGAAUGUAACCACACCCUGACAGGCUUUGAUGCUGGCUACUGCAGGCCCAGGACCCGCUGUCCGAAUCACAAGCUGAAAAACGGAGUGUGUGAUCCCGAGUGCAACUGGGAUAACUAUGAGUACGAUAACGAUGACUGCUGCAACCCCAACGUUACUGAUGUGACCAAAACCUGCAUCAAUCCAGCAUCAAAUUUAAGGGCCUACAUGGACGUGAAGGAACUGAAAGAGAUCCUUCGUCUGGACGGCUCCACACACCUUAACAUCUUCUUCGCCAACUCGUCUGACGAGGACCUUGCUGGAGUAGCCACCUGGCCAUGGGACAAGGAGGCCCUGACACAUCUAGGGGGCAUAGUCUUGAAUCCAUCUUUCUACGGGACGUUUGGCCACACGCACACCAUGAUCCACGAGAUCGGACACAGUCUGGGCCUGUACCAUGUCUUCAGGGGCAUCUCGGAGAUCGAGUCCUGCAACGAUGCCUGUUUGGAGACCGAGCCUUCGCUGGAAACAGGAGAUUUGUGUGCUGACACGAACCCCACACCUAAAUACAAGCACUGCAGAGACCCAGAGCCUGGAAAUGAGACGUGUGGCUGCCGCAACUUUGUCCACACACCUUACAAUAACUACAUGAGUUAUGCAGAUGAUGACUGCACGGAUUCUUUCACCCUAAACCAGGUGGCCCGCAUGCACUGUUACCUGGACCUGGUCUACCAAACCUGGCAGCCCAACUACAAACCAUCUAUUGUGCCCAUGGCUCCCCAUGUGGUGGACCAGGGCCAGGACACCAUCACCAUUGAGUGGUUCCCUCCGCUCACGGGACACGUCUAUGACAGAGAAGUGGGAUCAGUGUGUGAUAAAUGCGCAGAAGGCCGGGUCUUCCUCCAGUACGCCUCCCACUCCUGGUCCCCGCGGCCCUGCUUACCUUCCGGCCACUGGAGCCCACGUGAGGCUGAGGGUCCACCUGAUGUGGAGCAGGUGUGUGAGCCGAGUGUUCGUACCUGGAGCCCCCACAACAGCGUGGAUAUGGGCCUCGUACCCCCACCUUGCCCCCUGCAGGGUUGUAUGCUACAGCUAGAGUUUACCUACCCGGUUGUACCUGAAUCCCUCACCGUCUGGGUCACCUUCUGUUCCCCCGAGGAAACUGCACUGCCCGCCAUCCACAACAUCAUGUUGCUGACUGUAAGCGGCCAAAACCUCUCCCUGGGUCCUAGCAAUGUUUUCUGUGACACGCCACUGACCCUCAAGCUGGACGCAAAGGAGAAGGUGUACGGAGUGCAGUUCUUCACCAUGGAGCAGCACCUGGAGAUCGAUGCCACCUUGCUUGCAUCCAAGCCAGACUGCCCGCUGUGCCAGAGCUGCGAGCCACUGCGUUACCGGCUAUUACGUCAACCUCUGUUCACUUACAGUCCGAAGGGCAUUGACCUCAGUGAUGCAACACGCAGAUAUGUGGACAGGAAUGUGCAACGUGGGGUGGUGUACACGUACCAGGUCCAGACCCUGUCCAGAUUGGGUGAGAGUGAACCGUCCCCUCCACUCACUCACCGUCUCGGAGCACCAUACUGCGGAGAUGGAAUCAUCCAGAGGUCUGAAGGUGAGCAGUGUGAUGAUAUGAACUCCAUGAAUGGUGAUGGCUGCUCCAGUCGAUGCAAGAAAGAGCCUUUCUUCAACUGCAUAGACGAGCCCAGCAUGUGCUACUACUACGAUGGCGAUGGUGUGUGUGAGGACUUUGAGCGGGAGACCAGUGUGAGGGACUGUGGGCUGUACACCCCAAGUGGGUUCCUGGACCAAUGGGCCACUUCAGUGGAGGCAUCCAAUGAGGAAAGGCUCUACUGCCCUGCUGAAGUGGCAGCAGGAUACCCCGCUGUCACUAAGACCUGUCAGUCCAAGGUGUUUGACCUUUCUGAUGGUGUUUCCCAGUAUGCUUGGUUUCCCUGCCGUGAGGCCCAGCAGGUGACCUGGUACCGCCGAUAUUGGCUGAAGGCCUACUUCUCCCACCCCAUGGUAGCUGCAGCAGUGAUCAUCUAUUUGGCAGCAGAUGGGACAAGCUUUCUUGACCAGAGCCAGUGCAACAUCACUGUGCAGUUGGUGGACACGAAGGAGAAGAUCCACAACCUAGGUGAUUGGCGCCUGAGCUGCCGCAACAACCCCCUAGUGAUCCCCGUGAACCACGACCUCAGCAUGGCAUUCUACCACACCAGAUCCAUCCUGCUGAUCUUUCGAUCUGAGCUGGUGGCCAUCUCAGGUGUGGCCCUGCGCUCCUUCCAGUUCUUCGACCCCAUCACUAUCAGCGGCUGCCAGAGCAAUGAAAUUUACAACCCUAUGGGCCAAAGUUGUGUUCAUUACUCCUGUGAGGCGAUUGACUGCCCGGAGCCGAAGGUCCGCAAUGCAGAGUUGAGGUGCAGCGGCGGAUUCUUCAACGGCGCUCGCUGCACCGUCACAUGCAACAGCGGCUAUGUGCUGCAGGUCCACCGGGACGAUGACCUCAUCAAGAGCCAGUCAGGAUCCACUGUGACCAUGACCUGUACAGACGGCAAGUGGAACAAGCAAGUGUCCUGCGAGCCUGUGGACUGCGGACUGCCUGACAAGUACCACGUCCACCCUGCUAACUUCCACUUCCCUGAGGGCACCACCUACGGCAAGAAGUGCACCUUCCAGUGUAGGGAACCUGCCCAGCUCGUUGGCACUAAUAACACCCUGACGUGUAUGGAGGACGGACUUUGGUCCUUCCCUGAGGCCUUGUGUGAGCUCCGCUGUCCCGCUCCUCCUCCUGUGCCUAACGCCAUGCUGAUGACCAAGCGUUGCAAUGAGACUGGCCUCAAAGUGGGCUCCCUCUGCAAGUACAAGUGCAAGCCUGGUUAUCACGUCGCCAACAAACCCAAAAGGCGGUCGUUUAAGCGGCAGUGUACAGAGGAUGGCCGGUGGCUGGAGGGUUCCUGUGAGCCGGUGACGUGUCCACCACCGCCGCCGGUCUUCCACGGCAUGUACCAGUGCACCGAUGGCUUCCACUUCGACAGCACAUGCUGGCUCCAGUGCAAUGGGGCCAAUCACACGGUGAGGCCGCCGCCUCCCUGCAAGCAGGGCCCGAACGCCAACGUGAUCCGCUGCAGGAAGGACGGGAACUGGACUGGAGCUUUCCGGAUCUGUCCGCAGCUAAAGGGCCAGUGCGCUCUGCCUCGGAACCUGAACCCCAGUGUCUUCACCAGCUGCAAAAAAGGAUACGGCAUAGGAGCAGAGUGUGAGGUUUCAUGCAGGGACAUCAACAACGAUGUGGUCAUUCUCCCCGACAACAUGACAGCUAGCAGUGUUCUGGAGCACCACUGGAUGAACCCACCCAAAGUCACGCAUAUAGUGUGCACCAUGGGUCUGAAGUGGUACCCCCAUCCUGAGAUCCUCCACUGCAUCCGAGGCUGUGAGCCGUUCCAGGGCGAUAAUUACUGUGAUGCCAUGAACAAUAGAGCCUAUUGCAACUACGAUGGAGGAGACUGCUGCCAUUCCACUGUCAAGACUAAGAAGGUGAUCCUGUUUCCGUCAUCCUGCGACGUGCAUAGCGAGUGUGCCUGCCGGGACCCCAACGCCCCCGAGAACAGAAAAGGGGAGAGCGUGUACUCCCUGGGCUGAGAGCGAGGCUGCAGCGAACCCAGCUACAGACUGGGGUAGAGAGCAAGACAUUGUUUCAGAUAUGCUGCUUCACAAGUGUACCUCUUCUGUCCCAGCCAUCGCACUCGUCCAACGUCAACGUCUGCCUGCAGUCCUCUGUCACUUUUUGGAAGGUGUCUCAUCUCCACCUCUACAGGAAGGAAAAAAAAAUGUA